GGAAGUGUUUUAAGGCUGACAAAUCUCUGAAGUAGUAUUCAUUUCAGCAUCUUGGAAAUAAACCACAGCUUUAUUCUCUUAUUCAGCCGUGUGGGAUUAAUGCAUAGAUAACAAUAUCUAUACUGAAGAAAAUCACUGGAGAACUCAAACUCUGCUACAACGAUUGCAUUUUUAUUUCCAGUCACAAAGAAAGUGUUCUCAAUAGUCAACACUACCAUUUCUUCUCCAGCUCAGAAAAAGCCAGACUCAUUUUCUCUGCUAAAAUGACGACUUUGCAGACCAUUUUUUUUUUAUUUUUCAUUGCGCCUUUGGUGAAGUUAGUACCACCAAUUCAACAAGAGUCACUCAGUCUUUAUGAGUAUGAUACAGACAUUUUUGAAGAACUGUUUAAACAAGAUUAUGAAGACAAAUCCCAGGAUGCAAUAAAGAAAAAGGGAAAAGAUGGCAUGAUUGUUUCUCCUGACUCUAACAUACAGCUGGAACUGCAGAGAGAUGAGAGUGUACCUAAAGUACGACCAACCAAAGAUACAAAUUUGCCCACUUGUCUGCUGUGUGUGUGUUUAAGUGGAUCGGUAUACUGUGAAGAAAUUGAUAUUAUUGCUAUUCCCCCUCUGCCAAAGGAAACAGCCUAUCUUUACGCACGAUUCAACAAAAUAAAGAGAGUGGCAGUCUCAGAUUUUGCUGAUAUUCCUACGUUAAGAAGAAUUGAUUUAACUGGAAAUAUGAUAGACGAAAUUGAAGAUGGUGCCUUUUCAAAGCUUCUGUUAUUAGAAGAACUUUCACUUGCUGAAAAUAAAUUGAUGAAACUUCCAGUUCUGCCCCCCAAGCUAAUUACAUUUAAUGCAAACUACAACAGAAUUAAGAGCAGAGGAAUCAAAGCAAAUGCUUUCAAGAAGCAGACCAAUUUGUCAUAUCUCUAUCUAGCACACAACACACUGGAAUCUGUACCUCUUAACUUACCAGAGAGUCUGCGUGUUCUGCACCUUCAGUUUAACAACAUAACCUCAAUCACAGAUGACACAUUCUGCAAAUCCAACAACACGCGUUAUAUCCGUUCGCGUAUGGAUGAGAUAAGAAUGGAAGGCAACCCAAUCAUCUUGGCAAAGCAUCCUAAUGCUUUUUCUUGCUUGAAAACAUUGCCUGUAGGAGCAUAUUAUUAACCACUACCUAUUAAUUAUACUAAAACUUAAGUAUGGUAACAGAUGAUCAUUCCUGUUCCUUUUUUAAAUGACUAUAUCCUUUCCCUUUUAAUUAUGUUUUUCUAUAUACCUAUUCUAUGAACUUUUAAUCAGGUUAAAAAUGUAGUUCUAGUCUGAAAAAUCACUAUGUAAAAAAAACAGCAUCUGCUCACUUGGCAGACCCAAUACCACCUGUACUUUCAGAUUCAUGUGAGUUUAUAACAGUGUCAAAAGUAUGGGCUUAACCAGUGGUUUAAUUGCAAUACUCAUAUGAAUAAGGAUUGCAGGAUCAGGCUGUAAGUUUUAAUUACUUUAUUCAUACUAACACUGCAAAGCAAACACAGCUGUGAGAAUGUUAUUCUGGCUUGCACAUCAGCAGAAUUGCUAAUUAAGUUCCAAGAGACAGCCACCCACCCACGCAACUCAAUUGCAAGUUGGAGGCAAUGGGGUUGCACUGGUGUAACUACAACCAGAAUCUGGCUCAAAUCAUUUUAAUUACUAAUUAAAAUCCAUGACCUGUAAAAAGCACAGGUUCACUCUAAGUCUUUGCCUUGAUCAGGAAAAUCAUUGAAUUCAGAUCAGGCUUCGAGCAGAUGAACUUCGUUUUUCUUUUGGUAAACCAAGAAAGUUUCACUGGAACUCACUAAGAAAAAAUAAAGAUGGACUUUUACAAUGUCACUUUUUAGAAUAGGAGCCAUAGUUCAAUUACUGGAAAAAUGUAAAAAACAGACACAGAAAACUUUAAAAUGCUUAGGAAUAAAAUGCAAAGUUGGUUCUAUCUUAAACUGUAAAACUGUGUGAAAAACUAAUACAAUUAUAUUACCAACAUGGUUUUACCCUUUUAGCUUUUUUCAGAUGCAAGCAAUAUAAAGGGACAAUCUCAUAUUAAUGGUGGGGGCUUCUGACUGACAGUUCAGAUUAAAUAAAGAUAACUACACCUUAAAGAUAUUGAUUCUGACUUAACACAAAUACACGAUUUCAGAUUACUUCUCUUUUUCUGUUUUUGUUUGUUUCAAUAGGAAUUUGCACAGUCCUCAUUUGGCUUAGCUGCUUCAUAAAUACAAAUGUACAGAAAACCCUAAUCACUAAUACUAGACUUAUUUUUCCUGGACAACUGGUAAAUGAAAGGAGCUUGUUGAAAUAUGAAAAGUUCUCAACUUCAUAGCUACUAUUUUUUUUUAUUUGUAUAGUUAUUUAAAUUUCAAAUACAUAAAGGUAUUUCACUUUGGAAUCACUGUUUUUCCUUAGUAAUAAGCCAGUUUACAGUAACAACUUUUUUUUAAUUUCCAGUCUAAUUAAACAAUAAUAUGACAGUGCUUGACCUGAGCAACGAAUGUAGUUGAAUUGAAUAUUAUUAUGUGCGCAUUAAAAGCCCGAGGUACUGUUAGUAUGCACCUAUGAAAAUUGAAACCUAAUAGGCUUUUUAAUA